UCUGUGACAGACAUCGACGAAUGUGCAAGUAAUCCAUGUCGUAAUAGCGGAACCUGUCAGAAUCUGAUAAACGAGUACAGAUGUGACUGUAAACCAGGAUGGACGGGAGUAAACUGCCAAACAGACAUCAACGAAUGUGCAAGUAACCCAUGCCGGCAUGGCGGAACCUGUCAAGAUCUGACUAACGGGUACAGAUGUGACUGUAGACCAGGAUGGGCUGGUGUCAACUGCGAAACAGCUGUAGACGACUGCUUCUCAGGCGCAUGUCAUAACGGCGGCACGUGUGUGGAUGGUGACAACACCUUCUCCUGCGUCUGCCCAUCUGGAUUUAAGGGAGAGCGAUGCCAAACCGCACCGUGCAGCGAAGAUUACGACCCUCCCCUGAACGGUGGCGAAGCCUGUUCAGUGACAGAUGACGCGACAGGAGCCAUGUUCUGUACUGUCUACUGUCCGGACAACAAGGAGUUUGCUAUACCACCUGCACAAGUGUACACAUGCCGGGCUGAUGGAAGUAGAUACCGCCCGGGGCGCCCUCACAUGGUGGGAGCAGUCCACUACUUCUCUGGUGCUGGUUGCCCCAGCAGCAUGGGUGUAAUCAUCUCCAACUUCCAACAGCUCUUCAGUCAGCUGCCGUCCUCCCAACCAGGUGGAUCAAUCACAAUCGAUCUUCAGAACGUCGAGGUCGAAUGUGGAGGGACGGCAAGACGAACCCCAUCAAGAAACAACCGUAUCUUCGCCACUAAAUCCAAGAAAUCUGCAAAUGGCUUCACGGUAAGGUUCGAGGUAGUUGCCAGCAGCUCUCUUGCACCAGAAGAUAUCACCCUGAUUGAGCAAUCUAGCCUCGUAUAUGCUCUAGACGAUAUCUACUUUGAUGUCGAAGAUAAGGUUGCAAACCAGCAAUUCGACUUGAACAUCAACGGACAACAGGCCUCGGCCGACACAUUUGACAUCGGGUUUGCGGAGUUCGACCUCAACUGCACCCAGGGGCAACUGAGUUUUCAAGACAGCUUCGAAGCGUAUUGUCUUGACUGUCCCCCCGGCACGUUCCAUGACCUGACUACGGACACCUGUGAGUACUGCCCUGUUGGUGAGUACCAGGACCAGCCGGUACACACGGACUGUAAACAAUGUCCUCACAACACCUGGUCCGUGUUUCCUGGAGCAAAGGAGGAGGCUCAAUGCAUGUCAGUCUGUCUAGGCAAAGACGAUCUGUGCUCCAGUUGCCUCCAAGUAAAAGGUCAAUUGACGUGCGAGUGUGAAGUUGGCUGGGCCGGAUCCCAAGACGGACUGACCUGUGGACUUGACGGUGACCAGGAUGGUUAUCCAGAUGUGCCUCUGCCCUGUAACGACACCAGGUGUAACAAGGACAACUGCCCGGGUAUCCCUAACAGUGGACAAGAAAACACAGAUGGAGACGACAUGGGAGAUGCAUGUGAUGACGACAUGGACAACGAUGGAUUCUUCAAUAAUGUUGACAAUUGCCCACUGCUGAUGAACGGUGACCAGACGGACAGUGACGGUGAUGGAGUGGGUGACGUGUGUGACAACUGUCCCACGGACAUCAACACUGACCAACGGGACACAGACGGGGACGGUGUGGGGGAUGUGUGUGACAGUGAUGCCGAUAGUGACGGGCUUUUGGACGAUAGAGACAACUGCCCGUUCGUGGCUAAUGUCCAACAGGAAGAUUCCGACGGAGACGGGAUCGGAGAUGUUUGCGAUAAUUGCCCAUUUGUCGCAAACGUAGAUCAGUUUGACCUGGAUCAAAAUUAUAUCGGCGAUGUUUGCACUGACAACGUUGACAGCGAUGCAGACGGGAUCCCGAACUCCUCGGACAACUGCCCUGACAUCCCCAACAGUCAACAACUGGAUACGGACAAGGACGGAGCAGGAGAUCUUUGUGACGAUGAUGACGAUGACGACACAAUACUGGAUGACGUGGACAACUGUCGUCUCGUUCCUAAUCUGGACAAUACAGACUUUGACGGAGAUGGAGUAGGCGAUGUCUGUACCGGUGAUUUUGACAUGGACGGCGUGCCUGACGCUGAUGACGUGUGUCCUGAGAGUGGGGUCAUCGCCCGUACGGACUUCAGGAACUACCAAACCGUCAACCUGGCCGGUCCUGACAGCCUAUCACCCGAUCCGGUUUGGGAGUUCCUUAAUGAGGGAGCGGAAAUAGUGCAGCAAGUGAAUAGUGACCCAGGUCUUGUUCUAGGUUCUGACUACUUCGGCAACUUGGACUACCGUGGAACCUUCUUUGUGAACACCCAGGUUGAUGACGACUUUGUGGGUUUCGUCUUCAGCUAUCAGAGCAACUCUCGGUUCUACCUGAUGUCCUGGAAACAGGCAGGGGACAGCAGCGGUGGAGAAGCAGGGGUACAGCUGAAG